AUGGGGUACAGCGACCGAACAUUGACCAAAGCCAUGCUCAACGGUAUCAUUGGUGUGGAAAUGGAAGUCCAGGAAUAUGCUUCUCCGUGUUCUGCACCUCGUAUUCGUGUUGAGGCCCACAGCGGGUAUACCCAGUCCGCGUGAGCCUGCAGCAGCCAAGCGAGCCAGCACACAUUCAGCCGAUACAACAAGACCGCGGAUGCGAGGUACCAAGACAUAUAGACAUCUCACGUGAGCCUCGAUAUCACCUUACUUUCUUUGCAGCAUUCGAGCAUCUAGAUCUGCCUGCAAACUUGUCGAUUCUUGGUCGUUGGCUACUGCCAUAAAGAUAAAGUGGCUUUCUCGGACCACUAUCGCUCAGGCUUGGAUUCUCUACAAACGGCACCGAAGCCGAGCACACUAAAUUCUGUUUCGUCAAAAGAUGUGGGCCCGCCAAUAGAAGAUAUGACAGUUGAGUGAAUCAGGCGGUGGGCUGAAUACUUGUCUGCUCAACCAUGGGGCCAUUCUCUGGUAUUGGAAGCUAUGCACUUUACAUGUAGCCUCCAUU